AUGUCCACAACACGUGCUAUAGGUAGUGUGAUUACCCUCAUCACGAACAGCCAGAUCCGCUAUGAGGGCACACUCGGCCAGAUUGAUAGCGAGGGUAAUACUGUGAGCUUGACCAAUGUUCGUGUUUUUGGUACAGAGGGUCGUGCGAAGGAAAAGAACCAAGUGGAGGUGCCUGCAGCUGAACAGCUGUUUGAGCAGAUUGUGUUCCGCGGCUCUGAUAUUCAAGAGCUUACCGUGUUUGAGGGAGCCAAUAAUGCUAUAAUGGAUCCUGCCAUUGUAACCGCGCUUCCCGCUCGUAAAAGCACGACGAAGACCUCCCCAACCGCCCAACGCUAUUCCUCCUCCGGCGGCAAUGCCAAUGCGCAGCACCAACACCAACAUCAACAUCAACACCAGCACCAACAACAACAGCAGCGGUACGGCGGCGGCGGCGGCGGUUAUCGUCGCGGCGGCCACGGGGGUGGCGGCGGCCGUGUUGUGGGGUACCGCAACGCACGGCGUGUGGACUCCCACACUGGACAGGACUUCCGCCCCGCCACUGGAAAUGCGAAGGAGGAGUUCAAGGAUGACUUUGACUUCUUGAAGAGCCGCGAGGAGUUUGAGAAAAAGAAGAGCGAGUUCGAGAAGGCCCGAGAGGACGCGAAGAACCAUAGCAAGGCGUACGACCGCAACAGCUUCUUCGACACCAUCUCCUGCGAUCAACAGGACCGCACGCUGCGCCUCGACCGCGAGGGAAUGAAACGCGCCGACGCGGAGACAUUCGGCAGCGAAAUGGUCGGCAGCAUGCGGGGCCCGCGCCGUGGCCGUGGAGGCCGUGGCCGCUACAAUGGCCGCUACAACUGA